UUUCAUAUGGUGAUGUUAACCUUAGGUAAGCACGGUACUGCUCAUUGCCAAGGUUAGUUAUACUGUUAUCUGUUCAUUUUUCUAUUUUUACAUUUUGCUGGAUUUCGGUUCUCAAGAUCGUCAAUGUUGAUUCGCUAGACUGAAGGCAGUAACAGUUCGUGUGAGGUCAGCCGUAUUGGUGCGUGAAGACAAGACAGCGGUACGGUACAGUAGUUCAGUUAAACUUGAGAAUUACUGAUGUUCAAGUUCUACCUUGAACCUGUACAUCAAUUGACGCUGGUGACAAGGAAGCGCACACGAUCCGACGGAACGCCUCAAAAGCGUCAAAACUUCCGGUCAUGUAACACGUUAACAGCUAAAACAUAUUCAAGUAUAAUCAGUGAACGGAUUGUCAUAUACCACGUGUUGCUUGUACUUGGCCCGAUAUCGUCCACGCGACUUUCACAUUUGUCAAUUUAGAACGUGCUGACACUGUAUGUAGUUAUUAUUACAGCACCCGUAAUUUCCAUUUCGGAACAUUAUAAUAGUUAAAGUUACCGUUGACUGAAGGUUUUGACGAAGUAAUUGUUUAAAUUAAGCGGAAAUACGUGUUUUUCAUCCGGUGAAUAAAUAUCUUUGUUGAAUAAUAUAUGGGAAACUAAGGUACUGACUGGCUGUCAACGAAUGUGAGAGGACAUACACCAUCUGUAUGCUUACCACUAGCGAUCUACUAGCUGCCUGCAUGGUUACCCUACAAAAAUGACUCACUGUAUGCUGCAAGGAAAGCGCUUCUACUGUCGGGAAUGGGCUUUUCAGAAAUUAUUACAUAGUUUAGAGAAUCGACAGAACGCUAAAACAUGUGGUACAUUAAUUGUUGGUGGACCAGGCAGUGGCAAGACGGCGUUCUGUGCCGAGAUGGUCUGGCCAACAGCUAGCCAUGGAAAACAGAGAAACUUGAGUAGGAGAGUUGUAGCUUAUCAUUUCUGUCAAUCACACGAUGUGGAGACUCUCUCUGUGGGAAAAUUCAUUCGAGGAUUAGUGAAUCAGAUUUCAAGAUCUACAGCAAUUCAUGGUUUUGACGAAAAAGUACGAGAUCCAAGUAUCCAGGCUGUGCUUGAACCUUCUGCGUGUGAACACAACCCAGAUGAUGCUUUUAAACAUGGAAUUUUACUACCACUCAGAUCGCUUAAUCCACCCCAAAGAAGUUGUUUUAUACUUGUUGAUUCUGUGGAUGAAGGAUUCACAAAAAACGAAGAAGAAAAGUCUGGUAGUCGAAAUAUCGCCGAACUUUUGUCAAACCAUCAUGAAUUCUUUCCACCUUGGUUAAACCUCAUCUGUAGUGCCCGCAGACAGAGUAAAUCAGUCACAAGACUUUUUACAGGUUUCCGAAAACUGAGUCUGGAUGACUUACGCAAGUCUCAUGUUGUGCGAGACGUGCAGCAGUAUAUUUUAUGUCGAUUGGAUCGUGAAGAAUCGUUGCGCAAUCAUUUGAGCAGGGAGACAGCAGAAAUGUUGAACCAGCUGCAUAUUAAAAGCAAUGGAUGUAUAAUGUACCUGGAAAAAGUUUUGGAUGGUGUUGGUGAGGAUUUUAUUCCUUUGGCAGAUAUUUCUCAAAUACCUGGAACAUUAAAUGGCCUAUAUCUUUGGUUAUGUCAAAGACUUUUUGUUAGGAAGCAAUUUGCUAAAAUACAACCAAUUUUGAACGUUUUGCUUGUUGCCAAGCGCCCUCUAAGUGAGGCGGAAUUGUUCUUGUGCGUUCGAACCCGAAAUAUGGCCAUGACCUUUGUGGAAUUUAACCAGCGAAUACGCACCAUGUCGAGGAUUUUAAUACGAACUCGAGGUGAACACAUCUUGUUAUUUCAUCAUAGUUUCACUGAGUGGUUGGUCGACGUAAAACAUUGCACUCAGAAAUAUUUGUGUAGUUGUGCAGAUGGAAAUGCUAUGCUAGCAUUGAGGUACAGUGGAAUUGCCAAAGAAUUAAAUGCAUCCCAGGUGUAUGAAUUCGCAGAACAUAUGCUAAAAGCGAAUCUUGCUCCUCCAAUGGACAACUCUCAACUUGCAUUGUGGCUGUUGCAAUCUGGUGCUCCAGUUGAGGAAUGCAUUGUAACGGCAUCCAAAAACACUGAUCCCGUCAACGAACUGUUAAUCAAAGCUGGUGCUAAAGUGGUUGGUAGAGAGAUCGAUCCAGUGACUUUUAGGAAUGCUUUGCAGAGGACAGAGUCUGUAAAUGACCUUUUGGAUGGUGGUGCGUCUGUUAAUCAAGUAGACGACAAUGGUCGCUCUUUACUUUCUAAUGCAGCAUUUAUUGGCAACGUGGAUGUUGUGAAAGUUCUUAUGAAUCGUGGUGCAGACGUUGAUGUUGCCGACAAGACUGGGCAAACUGCAAUUAGUUUGGCAUCACGUCAAGGUCAUUCGGACAUUGUAGACGUACUUAUCAAGCAUAAAGGAAACCUUGAUCACACAGACCACGAAGGGUGGACGCCUCUACGAUCAGCUGCAUGGGCUGGGCAUACAGAUGUCGUAACUGCAUUACUUGCUGCUGGUGCCAAUGUUGAUAGUUGUGAUGCUGACAAGCGAACAGCCCUAAGAGCUGCAGCAUGGGGAGGUCAUGAAGACAUUGUUUUGAAACUACUUGAACAUAAUGCUAAUGUUAACCAAGUGGAUAAUGAAGGGCGUACAGCCCUGAUCGCUGCUGCUUACAUGGGUCAUAGUAAGAUUGUUGAGCAUCUGCUAGAUCAUGGGGCUGAAAUAAACCACCAGGACCGAGAUGGACGUACUGCAUUGACCGUCGCCGCCUUGUGUGUUCCUUCUACUGAAGGUCAUGCAGAGGUUGUAAAAUUAUUGAUACAGCGCAAUGCACAGGUAGACCAUUGUGACCAUGAUGGGUUAACUCCAUUGCUAGUCUCAGCUUAUGAAGGUUAUUAUGAAGUCGUUGAAAUGUUAUUAGAAGGAGGUGCGGACAUUGAUCACUGUGAUGAAAACAACCGGACACCUUUGAUAGCUUCAGCUUCCAUGGGGCAUGUUGAAAUAGUCAGAACGUUAUUAAAAUGGGGAACAGCAGUUGAUACAAUGGACAAUGAUGGAAGAACUGUUCUCUCAAUUGCGGCGGCCCAGGGAAACGCCGAUAUCGUAAAAAUGCUUUUGGAAAGAGGCCUAGAUGAAAUGCAUCGGGAUCAUGCAGGUUGGACUCCUCUGCACAUGGCUGCAUUCGAAGGCAAUAAGGACGUUAUCGAGAUUUUCCUUCAAGAAGGUGCUCAGGUUCAUAUUGAUACUACUGAUCGCGAUGGUCGGACUCCGUUAAUCCUUGCUGCUGAACAAGGUCAUCUACCCGUGGUUGUGAGUCUAAUUCAAAGUGGCGCUGACCCCGAUAUUACUGGGCAUGACGGUCGUAGUGCACUUCGCUCUGCAGCAAUGGAAGGACAUAAGGAAGUAGUUGAAUUCUUGAUUCAUGAAUGCUCUAAUAUUAAUUACAAAGACGGAGAAGGAAGAACUACUGUCUACAUGCUUUCUUUAGAUAAUAAAAUCUCUAUGGCAAAUGUUUUGCUUCAGAAUGGAGCUGGUGUGGAUCAUCCCGACCUUGAAGGACGCAGCCCUUUGCAUGUUGCAUCGUGGCAGGGACAUAGCGAGAUGGUAUCGUUACUGCUCACACACCAAGCAAAUCCUAAUGCAAUGGACAAUGAGAAGCGCACACCUCUUCAAUCUGCUGCUUGGCAGGGAAAUGUAGAGGUUGUUCAAUUAUUGAUGAAAUAUGGAGCUAAUAUAAAUCAAACGUGCAAUCAAGGGGCAACAGCCCUGUGUAUCAGUGCCCAAGAGGGACAUAUGGAUGUUGUCGAUGCUUUGUUAAAACAUGGUGCUGAUCCUAACCAUGCUGAUGAACAUGGGCGUACGGCAAUGCGUGUUGCUGUCAAAGGCGAGCAUCAGAGUGUUAUUAAGCUUUUAGUAGACUAUGGUGUUCCUAUUAUAGACAGUCCCCGUGGAAGUCACUCUAGUAGAAGUGGAGGAUCAGUGUCUUCAAAUGACCAAAGGCAGUCAACAGGGCAACUCUCAAAUGGCUUACAGGAAGGCAGUACACCAUCGGACUCGCCCGACUCUACUUUUGAUAAAAAGCAAUCAUUAACUCAUUCAUCAAAUACAAAGUCUUCUUCAAAUCUUACAUCUACUUCUUCCACGAACCGAUCAUCUGGACAUGUUCCGUCAAGUGGGUAUGGAGAUUUGUUUACAGAACAAAUUCAUGAACAUUCUUCACCUGAUCAGUUUGAUGUUCAAGACAUAAAUGAUCGAUGCAAGUCACCAAAUACAUCUUCUAAAGUGUCGUCUGCAGCCUCCUUCCAAACAAUUCCAGAAAAUAUAUCUUCAGUCGGUUCGCAUUAUACUGGCUAUGGCAGCAUGCCACAUAAAGGAGGAAAGAAAAGUCAACAAAGCUCAUCGAAAGCACGUAGGCGAUCCCCAUCGCCGAACCAACCCACACUUCAGACUUCUGCACCUGUCCAGUCUCUCCAGUCACUAAAUUCUGUCCCCUUUCAGAACGAAUCACCAAGAAGGGAAAGUUUUGGAUCACCACGUCAGUACAAACAACAACAGCAGCAUCAACAAAAAAUACUGCAGCAACAACAAAAACAACAACAAAAACAGUAUGAACAACAAAUGCAGAGGCAGAAACAUCAGACUAUGGAACCAUCUCCUAAACCAAACAGACGACAUCUGCCACGGCAAUUAUCAGCUCCAUCUCUACGAGACAACAGCCACGCUCGUCAAAAUAGUAACUCUAAUGUUAAAAAGCAAUCAACCUCUGUUACACAACAUCCUCAGCUUCAGCCAUUAGAAGGUAUUAAAAGUUUGCCACAACAUGUUAUGGCAACGUCAUCUUUAAGAAGGAAUAGUGCACCCCAGAAACCCGUAGUCCGGGAAGGGUCAGCAAUGGCACAGGCCCUAAUGAUAGCCGAGGGCUUCCCUCUACACGCUGAGCUUGCGGCAGCUGAGCAGGCAAUGAAACCCAGUGGUAUCUCCCAAGUUUUUGCAAAACAACACCAGCAUUCCUAUUCACAUCAACAGCACCUGUCCGAAAGAUGUCAUGCCCGUAGUAGGUCUUCUCCAGUUACUUCUAAUAACUGUGAAAGAAUUACUCAACAGAGGUCUUUGUCAACGGUGAGGCAAGUCGAAGAAGACAUGUCUCAUCUACAACUUAACCAACAGCAUAUUCGACAUCAGCAUCAUCCCCACCACCAACAGCAACAUGGAGCUAUCCAGCACCAAUCACAUUGUCAUCAGAGACACCAGUCUCCAAGUCCUCAGCACAAUCUACAUGUGCACUCUCGGAACCAAUUUCAUCAGUAUUUAGACUCGCUUGAUUAUCAAGAUCUUCCACCAAUGCAACGUAAGGCGUCACUUCCGGCAUCUUUCAAUCAGGUGAAUGGCUCAAGAGUGCUAAAUGGUUCACCUAGCUCCCCAGAAUCCAGCAUACGUGGACGUCGCUGCAGAAUACGAACCAAUCCAAACUAUUCGGUGAAGAAUGCGUCUCAAAAUAAGUUAAACCUUCAGUCGACACCCCCUUUGCAGAAACCAAAGAGUAUAUUCGCUAAUGGAAUCGCCACAUCAAAUGGAUUUGAUUCGAACCACUCCUCGCCUACUCACGGGGCAUCUUUAACUGGAUCAUCUGACGGAUCUACCAGCCUUUCUCCUAUCGAGAUCAAGCAAGCGAUUAGGAUGAGCUUUGAGGGUCCAUGUACUGUCAACGGAUUUAAAAAGGAGACUCCCUUGUGAUAAAAUUAAAGGGCUCGGCAAGACUCUGGAUCGAAGACCUGAUCGGGUUAGACAACAACUAUUCCAAGCAGUUCUGACAGCUGUUGUAAUCCAGUCGCAAUACCGCAGACGACACAGAUCCAUGUUAGGCCGGGAGUUUACAGAAAACAUCCAGCACCCAAGUCACCUAUCCGCAGGAAUUUGCGAAUCUGAUCGCUACGUGUUCACGGCCUAGAUGACAAGUUUGGUAUUCGUGCAGAAGGUGUAGCUUCGCUAAUAUAAGUCGCUGCAAUUCUUCGAAUCAGGCUAUCCUGUUAAUAUUGUGCAAUUAUUGUGUACAUAUACCUUAGUAUGCAACCAUUUAUGUUAUUUUUCAUGUGCAUAAAUUAAAGAAUGGUUCUAAUAUGAAAUCGAAUACAAAACAUUGCUACAAAUAAGGGGCUAAAGUAUUCCACGAAUUCUCAUAAGAACUGUAUUAAUUAAUUUGUAUUAUUUGAGACGAAUAAGAUGAGUUUGGAUACUGUACGGUACUCGUGGUUUUAAGAUGAAUCUGAACUUAUGUUGAAAUGUAUUGAAUAGGCUUGUCUGAUGCAAAUUGAUGUAAACUGUGUGGUUUUUUUAAUUCUGCACAAGUCAAAACUCAGUGAUAAAGUUUCAAUUUAAACAUCUCAAAACCAAAGUACACGCUAUUUGAUAUCGAAGCUGUUCAAUUAUUUUGCGUUUAACGAGCGUGUGACGCGUUUAACGAGAAUGUCACGCGUUACCUGAAUUAUAUACUUUGAGAUCAAACGAUUUAUCAUUCAGUUGCGAUAACCUCAUGGGGAGUUCAAUUUGAUGCCCCGAGCACCAAGCUUUGAAUUCCACUUAACUUUUUCCCUUCGACCAGCCAAACAGCAACAAUGGCACAAACCCACAUUAGGCCUAGGUCUAUUUAUUAUCGCCGUUUAUAAAUCCCUAGUUGAUUGUACCACCCCGAAAGUGAGAAUUCAUGGAUCGGGCUCAAGAAGCCAAAGUCCCGGUCACACACUGGCUAUAGCCAAUAUUGGCAAUUUUUUUAUUUUUUAUUUUUUUUUAUAAUUAAAUUUAUCCCAUUGUGUUAAUCAAAUUGUAUUUCUAAAUAAUAAUUAAAUAUUGGCUCGCGACAAUCAUGCCGUUUGAAAUGAAACAUCCAUAGCUGGGUAUCCUGAAGUACAUCCUCGGCUCAUUUUCGUAAUAUAUACCUACGUAUAAAAAAUGUACGCGCGCGCCGUUGACAACCAAUAUUGAGAUAUUGAGCCGGUAAUAAUCUUUGGAGCAUGGUUGGAGACGUAUAAUGAAUAAUGUGCUUGACUUGAUAUCACAUGGUCUCAGCUAAUUAGGAAUUCCAAUUCUGUGCUCGCCAGAUUUGCUCUAUGUCUGGUAUGUUAUCCUCCAGCUCAAGAAAUGAUUUGUGAUACCCUGAUAUCAUAGUCAGAAAUUAUUUUUACCACAUAUUUUUUUUACAGACAUUUUUGCUUGCAUUCAAUAUUCAAAGUAAAGUAGAAUUACAUGGCACUUUCAUGUUUUGAAUCAAAAGGAUUAUACAAAAAUUAAAGUAAUAGUCAUAUAACCGCAGUA